AUGAACAUCUCCCAUUUGGAGAACAAAACCUUCAACCCCUCCACAUUUCUCUUGACGGGCUUCCCUGGGCUGGAGUACGCCUAUCGCUUGAUCUCCCUUCCCUUCUGCUUCAUCUACAUGACGGUGAUCUUGGGGAACUGCACAAUCCUCCAUGUGAUCCGAACAGACUCAAGCUUGCAUGAGCCAAUGUAUUAUUUCCUGGCCAUGCUGGCCCUGACUGACCUGGGCUUGUGCCUCACUACGUUGCCCACAGUGCUGGGCAUAUUUUGGUUUGAUGCUCGCGAGAUCCCUUUCAGCGCCUGCUUCACACAGCUCUUCUUCAUUCACUCCCUCUCCCUCGUUGAAUCUUCCGUGCUCUUGUCCAUGGCCUUUGACCGCUUCGUGGCCAUCUGCAACCCACUGAGAUAUGGCUCCAUCUUGACCACCCAGAGGAUCGUGACAAUGGCGCUGGCCUUUGCAUUCCGCAGCUUUUCCCUGAUUGUGCCUCUGCCUCUGCUUCUCCGCCGCUUCCAUUACUGCAGGACCAAUGUUCUCUCUCACUCCUACUGCUUGCAUCUGGAAAUCAUGAAACUGGCCUGCUCAGACAUCAUCGUCAACCACAUCUAUGGGCUGACCGUUGUGGCCUUCACGGUGGGAAUCGACUCCCUCCUGAUCUUCCUCUCUUACGUCUUCAUCCUGAAAACAGUCCUGAGCAUUGCCUCCAGAGAAGAGCGCCUCAAGGCCUUCAACACUUGCGUCUCCCACAUCUGUGCUGUCCUGCUCUUCUACGUGCCCAUGAUAGGCCUGUCGUUGAUCCACCGCUUUGGGGAACGUGCCCCUCACAUCGUCCACAUACUCAUGUCCUACGUCUAUUUGCUGGCACCUCCUCUGAUGAACCCAGUUGUGUAUAGUAUCAAGACGAAGCAGAUCCGCCAACGUAUCCUCAAGAAACUCUGUGCUGUGAAGCUCAUCCAGACAUAA